GGGUUCAGGGAAGGAGGAGCUGUGGCUGAAGACAUUUAAUGGCAGAAUGAAUGGAAAUUCAAAGACCGCUGUGCAGUCAGCCUUAAACACUGACUGCACCCCUCAGCUUUCUUUUCUAUUAAUUAAGAAUCUUAUAACAAAACUCUCAUAAAAAAUAUAUAAUUUUAUUUAAUCUUAGUGACAAAUCAUCUUCAAAAUGACGAGGAUUUUGACAGCUUGCAAAGUGGUGAGGACACUGAAGACUGGUUUUGGCUUUACCAACGUGACUGCACACCAACCAUGGAAAUUUUCAAGACCUGGCAUCAGACUUCUUUCUGUGAAGGCACAGACAGCGCACAUUGUCCUGGAAGAUGGAACUAAGAUGAAAGGUUACUCCUUUGGCCACCCAUCCUCUGUUGCUGGUGAAGUGGUUUUUAAUACUGGCCUGGGAGGGUACCCUGAAGCUAUUACUGACCCUGCAUACAAGGGACAGAUCCUCACAAUGGCCAACCCUAUUAUUGGAAAUGGUGGAGCCCCUGACACUGCUGCACUGGAUGAACUGGGACUUAGAAAAUAUUUGGAGUCUGAUGGAAUCAAGGUUGCAGGUUUGCUCGUGCUGAAUUAUAGCAAAGACUACAACCACUGGCUGGCCACUAAGAGUCUAGGGCAAUGGCUACAGGAAGAAAAGGUUCCUGCAAUUUAUGGGGUGGACACAAGAAUGCUGACUAAAAUAAUUCGGGAUAAGGGAACCAUGCUUGGGAAGAUCGAAUUUGAAGGUCAGCCUGUGGAUUUUGUGGAUCCAAAUAAACAGAAUUUGAUUGCCGAGGUUUCAACCAAGGAUGUCAAGGUGUACGGCAAAGGAAACCCUACGAAAGUGGUAGCUGUUGACUGUGGGAUAAAAAACAAUGUAAUCCGCCUACUAGUAAAGAGAGGAGCUGAAGUACAUUUAGUUCCCUGGAAUCACGAUUUCACCAACAUGGAGUAUGAUGGUCUUUUGAUCGCUGGAGGACCUGGGAAUCCAGCCCUUGCACAACCACUAAUUCAGAAUGUCAAAAAGAUUUUGGAGAGUGAUCGCAAGGAGCCGUUGUUUGGAAUCAGUACAGGAAAUUUAAUAACAGGAUUGGCUGCUGGUGCCAAAUCCUACAAGAUGCCCAUGGCCAACAGAGGGCAGAACCAGCCUGUUUUGAAUAUCACAAACAGACAGGCUUUCAUUACUGCUCAGAACCAUGGCUACGCUCUGGACAAUACCCUCCCUGCUGGGUGGAAACCACUUUUUGUGAAUGUCAACGAUCAAACAAAUGAGGGGAUUAUGCAUGAGAGCAAACCCUUCUUUGCUGUGCAGUUCCACCCAGAGGUCAGCCCAGGGCCGACAGACACUGAGUACCUGUUUGAUUCCUUUUUCUCACUAAUAAAGAAAGGAAAAGGUACCACCAUUACAUCAGUUCUACCAAAGCCAGCCCUAGUUGCAUCUCGGGUAGAGGUUAUAUGGCCAUUCUUUUCUAAAGAGUCCAUAUAUUCAGAUCCUGGAUGCUUUUGUUUCUUUCAGGAAGAAAAUGUCAAAACUGUCCUGAUGAACCCAAACAUCGCAUCAGUCCAGACCAAUGAGGUGGGCUUAAAGCAAGCAGAUGUUGUCUACUUUCUUCCCAUCACCCCUCAGUUCGUCACAGAGGUUAUCAAGGCAGAACGGCCAGAUGGGUUAAUUCUAGGCAUGGGUGGCCAAACAGCUCUGAACUGUGGAGUGGAGCUAUUCAGGAGAGGUGUGCUCAAGGAAUAUGGUGUGAAAGUCCUGGGAACUUCAGUUGAAUCCAUUAUGGCCACAGAAGACAGGCAGCUGUUCUCAGACAAACUAAAUGAGAUUAAUGAAAAGAUUGCUCCAAGUUUUGCAGUGGAAACAAUAGAGGAUGCGCUGAAGGCAGCAGACACCAUUGGCUACCCAGUGAUGAUCCGUUCUGCCUAUGCACUGGGCGGGCUGGGCUCAGGCCUUUGUCCGACCAGGGAGACCUUAAUGGAUCUUAGCACAAAGGCCUUUGCUAUGACCAACCAGAUUCUGGUGGAGAAAUCAGUGACAGGUUGGAAAGAAAUAGAAUAUGAAGUGGUCCGAGAUGCUGAUGACAAUUGUGUCACUGUCUGUAAUAUGGAAAAUGUUGAUGCCAUGGGCGUUCAUACAGGUGAUUCAGUUGUUGUGGCCCCUGCCCAGACACUUUCCAAUGCGGAGUUUCAGAUGUUGAGACGCUCUUCAAUCAAUGUCGUCCGCCACUUGGGCAUUGUGGGUGAAUGCAACAUCCAGUUUGCCCUUCAUCCUACUUCAAUGGAGUACUGCAUCAUUGAAGUGAAUGCCAGACUGUCCCGAAGCUCUGCCCUGGCUUCAAAGGCCACUGGCUACCCAUUGGCAUUCAUUGCUGCCAAGAUUGCCUUAGGAAUCCCACUUCCAGAGAUCAAGAACGUUGUAUCGGGGAAGACAUCAGCCUGCUUUGAACCUAGCCUGGAUUACAUGGUCACCAAGAUUCCUCGCUGGGAUCUUGACCGUUUUCAUGGAACAUCUAGUCGAAUUGGUAGCUCUAUGAAAAGUGUAGGAGAGGUCAUGGCUAUUGGUCGCACGUUUGAGGAGAGUUUCCAGAAGGCUUUACGGAUGUGCCACCCAUCUAUAGAUGGUUUCACUCCCCGUCUCCCAAUGAACAAAGAAUGGCCGUCUAACCUAGACCUCAGAAGAGAGCUGGCUGACCCAUCUAGCACCCGCAUCUAUGCCAUCGCCAAGGCUUUGGAAGACAACAUGUCCCCUGAUGAGGUUGAGAAGCUCACAUACAUUGACAAGUGGUUUUUGUAUAAGAUGCGUGACAUUUUAAACAUGGAAAAGACACUGAAAGAGUUCAACAGUGAGUCCAUUACAGAAGAAACCCUCAAAAAGGCAAAGGAGAUCGGGUUCUCAGAUAAGCAGAUUUCAAAAUGCUUCGGGCUGACGGAGGCCCAGACAAGGGAACUGAGGUUAAAGAAGAACAUCCACCCUUGGGUUAAACAGGUAAAGGAAUUUCCCUUUUUCCCCAGAAUGUCUGUGGUGAAAUGUAGGCACCGACUCCAAAAGCCAUUCAAUAAAAAGAGGAGAGAUUUGGUUGUAAGCAAGGAAAUCUUAUACUACUCAAACAUUCAAAUUAAGGCUAAAGAUUCUGGCACAGUAGCGUGUGGUGGCUGCAUCAUAUCCGUCGGGGGCCAGAUUCCAAACAACCUGGCGGUCCCUCUGUAUAAGAAUGGUGUCAAGAUCAUGGGCACAAGUCCAUUGCAGAUCGACAGGGCUGAGGAUCGGUCCAUCUUCUCAGCUGUCUUGGAUGAGCUGAAGGUGGCUCAGGCACCGUGGAAAGCUGUUAAUACUUUGAAUGAAGCACUGGAAUUUGCAAAGUCUGUGGGCUACCCCUGCUUGUUGAGACCUUCCUAUGUUUUGAGUGGGUCUGCCAUGAAUGUGGUAUUCUCUGAGGAUGAAAUGAAAAAGUUCCUAGAGGAGGCCACUCGAGUCUCUCAGGUGAAGGAUGCUACCCGAAAGAUUGCAAAGGCUUUUGCCAUCUCUGGCCCAUUCAACGUCCAAUUUCUUGUCAAAGGAAAUGAUGUCUUGAAAUCUUUUUUUGGCCAGGUUAUCUCUCAUGCCAUCUCUGAACAUGUUGAAGAUGCAGGCGUCCACUCAGGAGAUGCCACUCUGAUGCUGCCCACACAAACCAUCAGCCAAGGAGCCAUUGAAAAGGUCAUCAUUUAUAAACAAAAGUGGAAGGGAAAAAAGCCCAUUCGAAUGUGGGAGCACCCAGUGGUGCUGACAAAAUUUAUUGAGGGGGCCCGGGAAGUAGAAAUGGAUGCUGUUGGCAAAGAUGGAAGGCUUCAGGUGAUUGAAUGCAACCUGAGAGCUUCUCGAUCCUUCCCCUUUGUUUCCAAGACUCUCGGGGUAGACUUCAUUGAUGUGGCCACCAAGGUGAUGAUUGGAGAGAACAUUGAGGAAAAAUCUCUUCCAACAUUGGAGCAUCCCAUAAUUCCUGCUGACUAUGUUGCAAUUAAGGCUCCAAUGUUUUCCUGGCCCCGGUUGAGGGAUGCUGACCCUAUUUUGAGAUGUGAAAUGGCUUCCACUGGAGAGGUGGCUUGCUUUGGUGAAGGUAUUCACACAGCCUUCCUAAAGGCGAUGCUUUCCACAGGAUUUAAGAUACCCCAGAAAGGCAUCCUGAUAGGAAUUCAGCAAUCAUUCCGUCCAAAAUUCCUUGGUGUGGCUGAACAAUUACACGAUGAAGGUUUUAAGCUCUUUGCCACGGAAGCCACAUCAGACUGGCUCAAUGCCAACAAUGUUCCUGCCACCCCAGUGGCGUGGCCAUCUCAGGAAGGACAGAAUCCCAGCCUCUCUUCCAUCAGAAAGUUGAUUAAAGAUGGCAGCAUUGACCUAGUGAUU